AGGUUAGGUGUUCCGCAGCAUGAAUCCACGUGAUGCCACUACAGCAUGACACGUAGACUGGCUUACGUGUCAUCAAGACCCUAAGACUAAACCUCAGAAAAAACCUAAUAAUGGUCUUCUUCUUCCUCUGUUACUUGUGAUUACUGCUACAGUAAGCUUCAGUAAUGGCGAUCUACAGGUCACUCAAGGCUCUAAUUGCGAACCCUAAAAAUUCCAGAAGCUUCGUCACAGCCACAACCUUCUCCAUCUCAGCUCCACCGUACACCCCUCUAGCCAAUCCCUUAAUCCACCCUCUAUUUCGCUUCCCUUCUCAGUCUUCUGCUAGAUUCCUCUCUCCGUUUUCCAAUUGGAUUAUUCCAUUUCAGGGACCUCUUUUCAUCUCAUCCUCGCAGCCAUGGAAGCUUUCUCAGUCCGCAACUCCUCUCUACCUCCGCGGAAACGCCGUCGUUCGACGCAAAAUCGAAGCCUUGAAUUUCCACCUUCUUCGGCGGAGACCCAAUUUUCCGCUCAAAUUGGACUUCGCUUCGGUGCCUUCCGACUGGACCGUGACGAAUGCGGUUGACUCGAGCCAGUGGACCGGCGGUUUCGUGAAUUGGCCCAACGUGAUCUCCAUGAGUCGGUUAAUUUCCGGCCCUGUACUUGGAUGGAUGAUUAUGAAUGAAUGGUACUCUUCAGCAAUGGUGGGUUUAGCAAUUUCUGGAGCAACUGACUGGCUAGAUGGGUACAUGGCUAGAAAGAUGGGGAUCAAUUCUGUUGUUGGUUCAUAUCUUGAUCCAUUAGCUGACAAGGUUCUUAUUGGAUCUGUUGCUUUGGCUAUGGUACACCAGGAUCUUCUUCACCCUGGACUUGUUGGACUCGUUGUUUUUCGAGAUGUUGGACUCGUAGGUGGUGCUGUGUACCAACGAGCCAGUAGCUUAGGCUGGGAGUGGAAAAGCUGGUUUGAUUUUUUCAACCUGGAUGGGACCCAACCUCAGAAGGUGGAGCCACUUUUUAUUAGCAAGCUCAACACGGUCUUCCAGUUGAUUUUAGUUGCUGGGGCACUUCUUCAACCAGAUUUUGGAACGCAGGAAACUCAGAUUUAUAUCACAUACUUGAGUUGGCUGGUGGCGUCAACAACUGUUGGUUCAACCGCCGCAUAUGGAGCACAAUUCAUGAGGAAAAGAUCAGCAUUGAAAACUUAGUUUAAAAUGUACAGUGGACGAAAUGCAUUGACCACGGCAACAUUGAGUUUAUGGUAUCUAUGAAUUUGAGGUCAUUGAGCAAGAUAAAGACGCUGGGAAUCCAAGUUGGCUCAUUGCAUAUCAAUCAAAUAAUUACCACUCUGAGAUGGCAUGGUUUGAUACGAGAAAGUUGAUUGGUGGCAUUAACAAACGCAAGCAAAACAAUGUUUUAGGCUUCAGCCUUGUAAAGCAGGAAAGAUAUCUGUAGGGAAAAUAAUUACAAAAGAAAAUGUAUACCAGUUUCAAGUCUAAUAAUGUAUUAUGUGUACUAUGUUUUUUCUGUCACAACUAAACAUGGCAAAAGAAUUUGGGGUUA